UGAAGAAGUCACUUAUUCAGACAACGGAACUAAUUUUGUUGGAGAAGAUUUUAGAAUAUUCUUUAAUUCAGAAAUUACGAUGGAUAAUAAUCCUGUUAGUUCAGCAUGGUGACGUGAAUGAUGGGAAUCAAUAGUAGAAGAACCAUUAAGAAGAAACUUAGUAAAAAAUCUUUAGAAUAUAAAGAAUUGGUAACUUUAUUAUACGAUAUGAAAGCAAUUAUGAAUAACAGAUCAAUGACUUACGUAUCUCAAAAUGUAGAAGAUGUGUUACCACUUGGAUCCGUAAUGUUUCUCCAAGGAUUACCUAUAAGCAACGAAACUGUAGAUUUAGACACCAUCGACCGACAUUAUUUAGUUAGUAGAAUAGUAGAUGCGAGGUGUGAGUACCUAGCAAAGCUAGUGCUAUUUGGUCAAUGUAACUCAACUUUGUUAAAAGUUGGCGAUAUCGUAUAAUAUGAGGAAGUAAUUCCCGAAAAGGAUUGAAUAUUUAGAGUGGCUAAGAUUAAAACAGCACCCAUCGUAAUCAUUAGACCAUUUCAAAGAGUAUAACUAAUGGAAAUCAACGCAUUGGAUGAAAGAGAAUGGCUGUCAACUAAUGAAAGACAAAAUACAAAUAAUUUAUCAACUCAAGAUGUUCUCCAAGAAGAUGGUCCACAAGUAGGUGUUCCUCAAGAAGAGGUUCCUCAAGUUUCAGAGGAACAAGUUACCGUCGCCAGAUAAGGACGAAUUUCAGAACGUUUUGAGUUUUGCUUAAUUUUCUAUGAUAAAAUAAAAG